GUAAUAUGUGUCUAGCCAAUAGCACACCACUGAUAGGAGUUUGAAAUCGACGCGGGGCAGAUGUCAACCACUACAGUGAAAUGGGGAAGAUGUGCACUUUCAUUGAUUUGUCUACAGGAUAACAUUUUUCUUUUUGAAUUGACGAAAGUUUGUAAUACAUUUAUUAUUAUUUUUUAAAUAAACUCAGCGAUGUCUUUAAAUUCGACAUCAGCGAAAAAGCACACCGCUUUUUAUGACAAUUUAAUGACAUCAAGGGUUCCUGACAUGAAAGACCAAAAAGCUGCGCGAGGAAUGAUCAAAGGGGAGGAAACGAAAUUAUUGACAUUGGAUAAAACCAAGGCGAUAAACACGACCUAUUUGAACUCUGCACUGUCAAAAACCGGAGGUCAGAGGAAUGGCACCCCCGGUCGAGGGCGUCUCACUCUACAGAGGAAAACGGGUACGAACGGCGACACUGUGAUGAGUGAAAAUACAAUGGAAAUCACUCAGAAUAGGACACCGGUACCCGAGAAAAGACUCACGUUGCAACGUAGAACCAGGACAGGUUCAAUUGACAAAAGCGCAAGUAAUGACACCAGCAAAGCAACAGAGAGCUCGAGACAACACUGGGUCAGCGGUACCGACUCUCAUCAUUACAAAGUUCUCUCUGAAUCAAACCCUCGAACGCCUGUUAGUGCAGUUGUAUUGCGGUCAUUCAGUCUGAGCUCAUCUAGAAGUAAAUCAAGAGAAGCUGUUCAUCUUUUAAACACUCCUUCUAAAGGAGUCAAACUAUUUGCACCAAAACAGCCAGCAGCCCCGGGUAAAGUAGAUGUGACAAAACCUGAGGAUCAUACCAGAACUUUUUCAACACCCACAAAAAUGACUCCAUUUGAGAAAAUCACAGCAAAGAAGGAUGCCUUUGAGAGGUUGGCUGGGAAAGAGAUCCCAAAAGUGGUGGCAGUAAAAACGGUAGGCCUAGAGAGGCCGAAGACACACGCACAGGUGACUGUGGAAGCUGCAAAGCCUGUUGCAACUCCCCAUACUAACAAGUUUCUGGUCAGUAGUCAAAGCGCAAACGUGACCUCCAACUUACUGCCCGGACAGGUGAGAAAGUACUCAACCCAUGGCGACCUGACCAUGGCUAGGUCCUCGACUCCUGCGCCUACCUUCUCCACCGAGCUUUUGCUCCCACCCAGUGCGAUGCAAAAGCACGAACAGGGUACCCUGAAAAUGGAGAACAGUGCCGUGACAGUUGCGGUCAGAAUGAGGCCAUUCAACACCAGGGAGAAGACUGAGAAAGCAUUGCAGGUGAUCUUCAUGGAUAACCAGGAGACUCUUGUUCAACAUCCAGACACCAAGCAGAGCUACUCCUUCACGUAUGACUUCUCCUUCUGUUCCGUCGACAAAAGCGACCCCGGCUUUGCCAGCCAGCAGACUGUGUAUGAAAAACUAGCAAAGCCACUUCUGGAGAGGGCCUUUGAGGGCUUCAACACCUGUCUGUUUGCAUAUGGCCAAACUGGAUCUGGGAAGUCUUACACUAUGAUGGGUGUUGGGGAAGAGGCAGGUGUAACACCAAGAUUCUGCGAGGAGCUCUUCUCUAGGCUGUCUGUGGUUGAUAAUCAGGAGGUUACAUGUCAUCUGGAGAUGAGCUACUUUGAGGUGUACAAUGAGAAAAUCCAUGACCUGCUCAUUGCCAGGAAUGAACAAAACCAAAAGAGGUGGCCUUUAAGGGUGAGGGAACAUCCAGUCAACGGGCCUUACGUUGCUGAGCUGACAACGAACGUGGUGAGCUCCUAUGCGGACAUUCAGGGUUGGCUGGAGCUUGGGAACAAGCAGCGAGCCACUGCAGCCACGGGCAUGAACGACAAGAGCUCCCGAUCCCACUCCGUAUUUACUCUGGUUAUGACCCAGACCAAGACUGAGUUUGUGGAAGGGGAAGAACAUGACCACAGGAUCACCAGCAGGAUCAACCUGGUGGACUUGGCCGGCAGCGAACGCUGCUCCUCAGCCCAGACCAGCGGAGACCGCCUCAGGGAGGGUGCCAGCAUCAACAAGUCGCUGCUGACCCUGGGGAAGGUGAUCUCUGCCUUGUCAGAGCAGGCCCAGACCAAGAGGAAGGUCUUCACUCCCUAUAGGGACUCUGUGCUCACAUGGCUGCUGAAGGAGAGCCUGGGUGGAAACUCCAAGACGGCCAUGAUCGCCACCCUGAGCCCGGCGGGCAGCAAUGUGGAGGAGAGUUUGAGCACGCUGCGGUACGCCAAGCAGGCCCGCAUGAUCAUCAACGUGGCCAAGGUCAACGAGGACACCAACGCCAAGCUCAUAAGAGAGCUGAAAGCUGAGGUGGAGAAGCUGCGGGCUGCUCAAAUGAGCUCUCAGGGCAUCGAGCCGGAGAAAAUUAACCUCUUCCAGCAGGAGAUCUUAGCUCUGAAGAGCCAGCUAACCCAGCAGGAGAGGGAGAUGGCCGAGGCCCACAGAGCGUGGAGAGAGAAGCUGGAGCAGGCAGAGAAACGCAAACGUGAGGAAACCAAAGAAUUACAGAAAGCGGGCAUCACGUUUAAGGUGGACAACCGGCUGCCCAACCUGGUAAACCUGAACGAGGACCCGCAGCUGUCGGAGAUGCUGUUAUACAUGAUUAAGGAGGGACAGACCAAGGUCGGCCAGCACAAGUCAGCGUCCGCCCACGACAUCCAGCUGUCUGGGGCCCUUAUCGCAGACCACCACUGUGUAAUUUCCAAUGUGAAUGGUGAAGUCAGCAUCAUCCCCAUAGAAAACGCCAAGACCUUUGUCAACGGGAACCUGGUAUCUGAGACCACUGUCCUGCAUCAUGGUGACAGGGUGAUCCUGGGCGGCGACCAUUACUUCCGCUUCAACCACCCGGCAGAGGUGCAGUCUGGGAAACGCGUGUCAUGCUGGACGGGCGACGGCGAUGGCCAUAAGGACUUUGAGUUUGCCAAAAAUGAGCUGCUCUCCGGGCAAAGAGCGCAACUGGAAGAGGAGAUCGAGGAGGCCAGGCUGAAGGCCAAAGAGGAGAUGAUGCAGGGGAUCCAGGUGGCCAAAGAAAUGGCCCAGAAGGAGCUGUCUGACCAGAAGACUCAGUAUGAGAACAGGAUCAAAGCCCUGGAGAGAGAACUGGAGGAGGAGAGCGAAAGGAAGCGGUGUCAAGAGAUGGACCAGCAGCGGGUGGUCUCCAAGAUGGAGGAGCUGCAGUUUGCCAAGGUGGAGCUGGAGCAGGAAGUGGACACGCACAAGACACGUCUCCGCCUCCACAUGGAGGCCCAGGCCACACGGCAGGCCAUGGCCGAUCACGGUGUCCGACAGGCCAAGGUGGUGGAGGCCCUCGAGGCAGAGAAGAGGAAGAUCGGCAAAGACCUUGAGGAGAUGCAAAGGAAAGUGGCGCAGAAAGGAAGCCAGACUCUGAAAAACGUCCCUCCACAGUGGGACGCCAUGAAGUUGUCUCUGAUGAUCGAGGAAGCCAACAAGAUCAGUGGCAAACUCAUGAAGAACACAGUUUUCAGCAGACACGAGGGGUCUGGGAAGGAGGGCGGAGGGGGAAAGGGAGAGCUGCAGGUCCAGGUGCAGAACACCAAACUGGGCAUCUCCACCUUCUGGAGUCUGGAGAAAUUCCAGAGCAACCUGGCUGCCAUGAGGGAACUCGACCAGGGAGACAGCAGCGCCUGUAAAGAUGACGACGUGUUUUACGACCCCAAUGAUGAGUGGGAGCAAGAUAUAUCGGCUUCCUCAACCGCCUCCUUCUCACGCAGAAGGAGCAGAAGCCUGUUGAAGAGCAGGAGGAUUUCAGGGCGUCUCUACGAAAUCCGAGUGCACCCUAUUCAAAGCCUUCAUAAUAGUAACACCUCACAGUCCUCUGGUCUGAUGGGUGUGGCCAAAACGCCCUCGCUGCACCGCAGCUCACUAGAUUCCACCCUGACGGGGAUCUGCAAAGAUUUGAUUGGCCAGAUGGUGGGCCAGCUGCGUGGGUGUCACAGCUACGAGGAGAGCAUGGCAGACAGGCUGAGCUCUGACCUCUACUGUGUGUACACAGCCGUGACGACCAUCUCCGGCCUGUACGAUGGCCUGGAUGAUGACUGUCAGGAGAGUGUGUUUGUGUUAGAGGCUGAGGCUCCGACACAGCUGGUGAAGGCCACCUCGGCCAUCGAGAGAGCUGUGUUUAUCACCAUGCAGUGGGUGGCCAGCGUCAAACCCAGAGCCGGACCCCUCUACACCGUCGCAGAGGAGCUCAAGACCCAAGUCAAGAGAAUGGGUGGUUACUUUCAGCUUCUCAUCCAGGGCUGUGACUCUGAGAUCUCGUCCAUGGUGACCGAGGCCCACAGGAAGAGUGGUCAGUGUCUGGACACGGCACUGCUGGUCAUCAGCCACCUGGCCGCGCUUACCGCCACCCAGCUCCAUUUGACCGAGCUGGGCUCUGAGGCCACAGGCAAGCGGUCUGUGGCCCUGUCUCUUUUGGAGGGGACUUGUAAAGGGGUGCACUCUCUCCUGGAAGAGGGUCUGACAAUCUCCAACAAGAUGCUGAGAGAUGCGCAGCUGGCCUAUCCCAGGACUCCGGUUUUGCAGAGCCUCAAGUCAAAGAUGCUGGACCUGUCCUGUGCUCUCCAGAGCUACAUCCACUGCCACAUGACGGAUUGGGAAGAAGGCUCCAAGAAGGGAGCUGAGGACCCUGAUCCCUCACUGCUCCACAGAGUGAGGAACACAGCAGCCAAGCUGUUCCAGCUCAACCAGGCAAUCAGGCAGCUUCACGCUGCUCUCUCUCUCGCCCUCCGAGGUAAAAGCAGUGACUCCAGCCUCAGUACCUGCCGAGAGGCUGUCUCCUCCUCCUCCAAGACCAUCGACAAAGUCAUUAACGGCCUCCCCAGGGGCGGCACAGGGCUGGCUACCACAUCAUCUAAUCUACAGCUGCCCUGCCUGGAGACUGUCAUAGCAGCCCGGGACGAGCUCCAUUCUGCCCUGCAGUCCCUGAGUACCGCCUUCAACACGCAGGGCCUUGAAGAGAAGAGGGGAUCUUCUGGCUCAGAGAAGAGCACACGGAAAAGGGGUCAGGGGAAUGAGGGGACCCUGGUUGCUUCCGACAUGGAAAGGAACAGAGGAGCCCCUACGAUUGUUUCUCUCUCUUCAGGAUUGUCUUCAUCUAAUGACGAUGCACAUUGGGUUUGAUGCACAGGGGGUUGAUCAGCUGAUCAGGUACUUGUUCAGUAGGCAGGAAACUGCCGGAAAUGGGAAGGUAUUACAAUCUGAACUUGUCCAAUGAGGAACAAAUGUUUUCGGUUUCCGUUGCAAUUUUUUUUGCUACCGUGUGCUCUAAUGAAUACGACCCAGAUGAUUGAUGUUAAAGGUUACAGGCUCAAUGCCAUUAAUAGAAAGACUCAACAGAGAGGAUGAAUGUACAUCAAAGGUCUUUCUGUCCAAUUGCACUAAAACCCCAGAUGUAUACACUGAACAAAAAUAUAAUGUAAACGCAACAUACAACAAUUUCAAAGAUUUUACUGAGUUACAGUUCAUAUAAGGAUAAGCCGUCAAUUGAAAUACAUUCAUUAGGCCCUAAUCUAUGGAUUUCUCAUGACUGGGAAUAAAGAUAUGCAUCAGUUGAUCACAUACCAUAAAAAAGUAGGAAUGUGGAUCAUAAACCCAGUUAGUAUCUGGUGUGACCACCAUUUGCCUCAUGUCCAGUGGGACAUGGCUGUGCGACAUUGCUCGAUAUUGGCGGGAACUAGAACACUUGUACAGGUCGAUCCAGAGCGUCCCAAACAUGCUCAAUGGGUGACAGGUCUGGUGAGUAUGCAGGCCAUGGAAGAACACGGACAUUUUCAGCUUCCAGUAAUUGUGCUUAAAUUCUUGCGACAUGGGGCCAAACAUUAUCAUGUUGAAAGAUGAGGUGAAUGCGGCGGAUGAAUGGCAUGAAAAUGGGCUUCAGGAUCUCGUCACGGUAUCUCUGCAUUCAAAUUGCCAUCAAUAAAAAGUAAUUGGGUCCGUUGUCUGUAUAUUAUGCCUGCCCAUACCAUAACCCCACUGCCACAAUGAAGCACUGUUCACAACGUUGGCAUCAGCAAACUGCAGUCAGGUCAAGACCCCGUUGAGGACUACGAGCACAGAGGUGAGCUUCCCUGAGACCAUUUCUGACAGUUAAUGCAGAAAUUCUUCAAUUGUGAAAACACAGUUUCAUCAGCUGUCCUGGUGACUGGUCUCAGAUCAUCCCGCAGGUGAAGAAGCCGGAUGUGGAGGUCCUGGGCUGGCAUGGUUACAUGUGGUCUGCCCUUGUGAGGCCGGUUGGACGUAUGGCGAAAUUCUCUAAAAUGACAACGUAGGCGGCUUAUGUUAGGGAUAUGAACAUUCCCAGGCAACAAACAGCUCUGGUGGACAUUCCUGCAGUCAGCAUGCCAAUUGCAUGCUCCUCAACUUGAGACAUCUGUGGCGUUGUGUUACAAAACAGCACAUUUUAGAGUGGCCUUUUAUUGUCCCCUGCAAAAGUACACCUCUGUAACGAUUAUGCUGUUUAAACAGCUUCUUUAUUAUGCCACAGCUGUCAGGUGGAUGGAUUGUCUUUGCAAAGUAGAAAUGCUCACUAACGGAUUUAAACACAUUUGUGCACAAAUGUGCGUAACAUUUCUUAGAUCUUUUAUUUCUGCUCAUGAAACUUGGGACCAACACUUUACAUUUAUAUUUUUGUUCAGUAUACUUUAUUUUGUCAGACAGGGAUUUCUUCAGAUUGUAAAGUACUUUGAUAAAAUGUGUAUACUAAUUGAAUUGUACUGCAGUGGAUUGUAACCAUUUGGGCAAUAUCUUCUCAUUUUGGCAUUUAUACAUGUAGGCGAAGGCGCAACAAUUUUCUGUAUUGUAUGUAGUUCACUCAAUGCUGUUAGAGGUGUCCCAUAUCACAACUUUUUCUGAGUGGUUUCAUUCAUUUGAUCAACUAUACUUUGCACUUAAACCUUGCACAAAGUACUUGUCAUUUUUUUUGUCUCAUGACACUUUUUGUAUCUCUUGGUAAAGAUUUGAUACCUCACAAUCAUGUCACAAUUUGAAAGUGAGCAUAAUAAAUGAAUAUUUCUGGA